UGGAUAUUAUCCAGUUUAUUUGAAAUUGAGAGGAUCCUAAUUCGUAAGAGACAUCACAUAUAUAUUUGUUUGUUUUUAGUGUCUUCUUUUUCUGCUUUGUUUUGGUACUAGACAAUAGAGAUGGAGGACAAAAUGAAUAACGAAUUUCCUGAAUCAUAUCCAAUGACCGGAGGACUUGGAGCUUACAGCUAUGCUCAAAAUUCCAAAUAUCAGAGAGGAAAUGUUGAAGCAGCCAAAGAAAUGAUAAAGGAGGCAAUUGUCAAGAAAUUUGACAUCAAUGCCCUUUCUGCACCUUUAAACUCAAUUUCUGUUGCAGACUUGGGCUGUUCUACAGGACCCAACACCUUUCUUGCGGUGCAAAACAUUGUAGAAGCCAUAGAACAAAAAUACCAGCUUUCAGAAGAUCAUGAUGAGAUCCCAGAAUUACAAGUUUUCUUUAACGACCAUUCCUCCAAUGACUUCAACACUCUCUUCAAGUCAUUCCCACCAAAGAGAAACUACUUAGCUGCUGGGGUGCCUGGAUCUUUCUAUGGCCGCCUAUUUUCCAAAGCCAGUAUUCACAUUUUUCACUGCUCUCAUUCCCUAAACUGGCUCUCCAGGGUGCCCAAAGAGAUUAUGGACAAAACUUCUCCUGCAUGGAAUAAAGGAAGGAUACAUUACACAAAUGCUCCAAAGGAAGUUGUGGAGGCCUAUGCCACUCAAUUUGCCAUGGACAUGGAGUCCUUCCUGUUAGCCAGAGGAGAAGAGAUUGUAGUUGGAGGGUUGAUGGUACUUCUCAUAACUUCUGUCCCAGAUGUCAUUCUCUCUUCUAACUUCACCAUUUGCACACAUCUCGAACUUCUGGAAUCUUGCCUGAUGGACAUGGAAAAAAUGGGAUUAGUUUCUGAAUCAAAUCUGGACUCUAUCAAUCUGCCCCUUUAUUUCCCAGCUCCUAAGGAGUUAAUGGCAAUCAUUGAAAGAAAUGGGCGUUUCAGCAUUGAGGGCAUCCAAGAGUUAGGUCAGGACAAGCAAGUAAGCAUCGAAUUGCUUACUUUGACCCUCAGAGCUGCACUUGGAGGAGUCUUCGAGAAGCAUUUUGGAAAUGACAUCGUGGAUGAGGUCUUUGAUCGCUAUCCUAAGAAACUUGCCAACACUCCUAUUUUCUUAAACCUUAAUGAAAACCAAAAGGCUUUUGUAUUUUCUUUGUCUGUCAUUCUAAAAUGCAAGCCAAACAAUUAG